ACCACCAACAGGACGAUGUUCAAAAAAGCAAGCAGACAACACCACCUGCAGACAGACAGACAGACAGACACACACACAGACACGCUGUUGGAUUUAUUUCCCGCUUCUGACUUGAGCUGCGUUGAUUUGCUGAACUGAGGACAUUUAUUGAUUGUCUCAGGGACAGAGGGCGUCCAAAUGUGUCCCCCCUGAGGACGGGACUCUUGAAUUUCAAAAGCAACAACAAUGGGCUGCGUUUCCACAGGGAGCUGAAUGCUAGAGCACACACACACACACACACACACACGCACACAUAAACGCGGGAUGUUUCCUGAAGCCCUCGACAUUUCCACGUUGACUUGUUGAGUUGUGUUUCGUCGUGUCGGGAUCUUUUCGUGGGAGCCCGCGAUGCCUGCGAGGAACAGGUACAACCUGGUGGACGAUGUGGCGGACUCGAGGCUGCCGCUGCACAACGAGGAGGCUUAUCAGCACGGGAUUAGUUUCCAAGCCAAGUACGUGGGGAGUCUUGACGUGCCGAGGCCCAACAGUCGGAUGGAGAUCGUGGCAGCCAUGAGGAGAAUCAGGUAUGAAUUCAAGGCCAAGAACAUCAAAAAGAAGAAGGUCAACAUCGUGGUGUCUGUGGACGGGGUGAAGGUGAUACUGAGGAAGAAACAGAAGAGAAAAGAAUGGACAUGGGAUGAGAGCAAGAUGCUAAUCAUGCAAGAUCCCAUAUACAGGAUUUUCUAUGUGUCUCAUGACUCCCAGGACUUGAAGAUCUUUAGCUACAUUGCGAGAGAUGGCUCCAGUAACUCCUUCAGAUGUAAUGUCUUUAAAUCAAAGAAGAAGACACAGGCCAUGCGUAUUGUGCGGACAGUUGGUCAGGCUUUUGAGGUGUGUCACAAGCUCAGUCUGCAGUAUGCUGAGCAGGAGGCGGACGGACAGGCAGAUGGAGAGAGUGAUAAGUCCACAGAGGAGCCCAGCACUAACGGUCUUAAACUCACAGGACCAGAGCGAGGAGAGGAAGAGGAGGCUGGUAAACGUGGAGGAAGACGAGAAGAUUCUUCAGCUGGCACUUCACUGUGUGAAAUGGCAGUCAAUGACAUUCUUCAGGGUCUGGCUGAACUGAAUGUGGUCAAACCUGGACAGACUAUCACGGAGUUCGAUCGAAGGUCUGUCUUCACUGUGACAUCCAAAGGCGUUCCUCCCAGCAGCCCUUGCUCUACAUCGCUCACUCCACUGGCGUCACAACACUACCUUCAGCUCCUUCAGCAGCAGCUGCAGCAACAGCAGCAGCACACGCAGGUGGCUGUCGCACAGGUGCAGCUGUUGAAGGAUCAGAUGGCAGCAGAGACGGCUGCCCGUAUGGAGGCUCAGGCCCGCGUCCACCAGCUGCUGCUGCAGAACAGGGACUUGCUGCAGCACCUGGCCCUGCUGGUGCAGCAGCUGAAAGAGCUGGAGACUCGUUCCCCAAGAACUGCACAACCAGGGUCGCCACAGCGGGAGCUCCAAGCUAAUGGACACGAUGGUCAGCUGUCGUCCGUCUCAACGUUAGCAAAGUCUUUGUCUCUGAAUCUGAAGAAUCACUACAGCCAGGCCCUGGACCAGCUCAUCACCUCCUCACCCUCGUGGCCGCUCCGGACCCAGGUGGACUGCAGUGAGUCCUACCUCAACCUGCUCAACCUGGAGAACAGCAACAAACCAGCAGCGUCGGUCAACGGCGACCUGGACCCGUUCCUCAGGGCCAACGGGGGGGUGGAGGACAAGGAGAGGUCCUGCGGUGGGAUUGUCCCAUUUGCAUCGAGAAACUCGGCCAACAUGGAUGACAAGUGUAAACAGACCAUCCCCAAACUUGACCCUCCUCCUCCCUCCCUGAACCGGAAGCGGGCCAGUAGAACAAUGUCACCGGGCUCCGAUGUCAUAGCUGUGCCCACACCUGGAGAUUUCGCCGCUAAUGAUGUGGCCCCGAGCCGCCGCAGCAGCGGCCUCUCCUUCCCAGACAUCACCCCGAGUUCCCUGUCGUCCGCUGAUUUUCACUCCCUCAGCAACGGCGAGAGCAGCUCCUGUUCGACCAGCGAGGACUCGGGGGUCCGCUCCGAGACCAAGUCCCUGCUGUCACCCCUGCGCGACGACGACGACCUCUUUGGAGACCGUGUGACUUUUCUGACGGCCUCCAGCGGCUGUGACAGUCCCACAGAAGAAGGAAAUGAGUCGGUUCUCUCUCCCGCGGAGUCGUGUCCCGCUGAACCCAGCGUCUUCACCUCACACCUGGACACCCAUGAGCAGCCGCUGCCCUUCUCCUCUCCUGUGAAUGACACCUGUCUUCACAUCAGUUUUUCUGAGGAUGAGUUGCUGGAGAGCAGCCAGGAUGACCCCACUGUCCCACAGCGGAGUUAGGAGGACAGGCUGACGUUCCCCUGGAGACCUUACACUAUGUUCCUCAGUCUGCUUUCAAUGGACACUGGGCUCCAUUUCAGGACCUUGAAUUAUUCUGUCUUUUGUGGCACAGUACAAACAUAGCAUAAAUGGGAAAAAAAGAAUUGUAUAAAUGAAAUUAGCCAUUGGACAGAUUUAGUAUUUUUGUAAUGAAAUUAUUAAUAAUCUAAUUUCCUUUUUAGUGAUUAGAACGUUGAGCAGAAAACAUGUAGCAUUUAUCGCACUGUUAGUCGCACAUUUACUGUAAGCCAAUAAGGGAAUGCGUUUUGUUUUUUUUGUUAGUCGUCGACGUUUAAAAAAAAAAAAAAAAAAAAAAAGAUCAUUAUUUUGUGUAAUGCUUCGCUCUGGUGCAAAAAUGUUGUGGAAAUAACCGUUUGUCCAGAUUUCACUGUGAUGUACAGGAUGAUGCUCAUGCACAUGUUGGUGAUGUUGGGAAGAGCUUCCUCUUCUAAAAAGAAAAAAAAGCACCUGAGUGGAUGAUGAGUGGAAAGAAAAGAAAAUGGAAGUCGUUAAAUGGAAAAGAACCACAGAGAAGUAAGCACAUCCACUUGUGGCUGUGUCGUAGGUUUCUGUGUUAGAGUUGAGUGGAUGAUAGCAUGUUUUUAUGUUGUAUUCUUGAGUUUGUCAGAUGUCAGAUAUCGGAUAGAUAAACAGAAUAGCUGGAGGGGGAUUUGUCCUUUUGUGUUGCAUCGGUUCUGUAUGUGGCAUGUUUGCAGUGCAAAACAGAUGGGAUUAGGGGGGUUUUUUCAGCGCAGAAUUAAAACAACUUCAGUUUUGACAAACAUACAAAAGAGGAAAGCAAACCCUCAGAGAGCUGAUGGUCUUGAAGGCUUUGAAUUGCACCUCUCUGAGUGCAGAGUCUUUAAUAAAGCAAACCCUCAGGCUCAGUGAGACGAUAAUUGGGGAGAUCACAUAGGGCCUUGGAGAGAGAUCGUUUGGCAGAUACAUUUUUCCUUUUCUAUCUUCAUUUUUUUUUGUGUGAAAUCCUGAAUGAAAAGAAAACGUGUUGCCUUUUAGAGCUCUCAGGACUGUUAUUUGUUCCUGUUUCGUGUUAUUCUUUAAAAGAAUUGGCAUAAAUGAAUAUUGAGCUGCAAAAGCAAAUUGAUUAACCAAUUAGUCCAUCACUAGAAAAUUCAAUAUUUUGGAAUUAUUCCUCAUUUUGAACUGUUGAUGUCACUUUACUCAAUGUUCACUCUUUUCAGGUGAUUUAUGGGCCGUGUGACUAGUUGGAUAAUCAAUAGAAUGGUCACGUGAUCGUUACAGGAACAAGAAACAAGUCCGAGACGAGACUGAAAGGAACGUAGUGAUGCAGCAUCAUGGAUGCAGUUUAACAUCACAACAAACUAAAUCAAUAUUUAUUCAAGUGAAAAAACAAACACGAGAAAACGCCCAGGCAUUAAUAACCAGAUGAAAUGCCAAUGAAAAUAAUUACUUUAAAUCCCAGAGCUGAACACAUACCUCUUAAUUUCCCCCCCUUUUUUUUCUCAUGAGUGUUUUUACACAAUUUCUGUUGUUACUGUGACUGCGGCAGAUGUGAUUGUUAAUGAAGGCGAGAGUAAAAGCAGCUGUGUGAGGUGUAAAGAGCAGCAGCAGCAGCAGCAGAAGAAGAAAGGUGCAGGUGUAAAAUUCCCACAGGCAAACAUUUCACACCCAGAAACAAGCUUUUUCUCAACAUCACACGACGUGGCGGGGGAGCUACUGUAUAACAGCAAUAACAUGCAGAGGGAGAAUAUAAUGAUAAAGUGAAGGACUUUUCCCCCCCCCGACCUUCACCAGUUUUCCUUGUGUUCCUUUGCUUUUCUGACUGUCUGUAUAAAAUGUAGAACAACA